GUGGUUUGUAUUUAUGAUAGGUGCUCUGCUCUGUUGCAGAAACUCUGGAAAGUGUUCCCUUCGUCAGUAUUACAUCGCCACAGGUUAGAAUGAGUGAGCCACCAAAGCCAGAGUCUAGGAGCGUCGAGAGCAACCAGUCUCUUGGCAGCAGUGUGGAAAAUAUCAUCAAAGAUCUGGACCAUGUGAGCAAAGAAUCCCUGGUCCGCACAUCGAACGUCGAAUCCCAAAUCAGCGGCUAUGACAAGAAGGAAAAGGCACCUAAAAGGGAAAGAAGCCUCAGCAAACUCUGCGGCUGGUGCAGAACAAAACCAGGGGAUACUGACACUGUUCCCGUUCCAGAUGAUGUAGUACCUCCAAAGAAAGAGCAACUGCUUACUCAAGCGCCCAAAUGUGACGAUGAAGAAUCUCUGGAAAGUGUUCCCUUCGUCAGUAUUACAUCGCCACAUGUUAGCAUGAGGGAGCCACCGAAGCCAAAGUCUAGAAGCGUCGAGAGCAAUCAGUCUCUUGGGAGCAGUGUGGAAAAGAUCAUCCAAGAUCUAGACCAUGUUAGCAAAGAUUCCGUGGUCCUCACAUCGAACGUCGAAUCCCAAAUCAGCGGCCAUGACAAGAAGGAAAAGGCACCUAAAAGGGAAAGAAGGCUCAACAAACUCUUCGGCUGGUGCAGAAAAAAACCAAGGGAUACGAACACUGUUCCCGUUCCAGAUGAUGUAGUACCCCCAAAGAGAGAGCAACGGCUUACUCAAGCGCCCAAAUGCAACGAUGAAGAAUCUCUGGAAAGUGUUCCCUUCUUCAGUAUUACAUCGCCACAGGUUAGCAUGAGCGAGCCACCGAAGCCAGAGUCUAGAAGCGUCGAGAGCAAUCAGUCACUUGGGAGCAGUGUGGAAAAGAUCAUCCAAGAUGUAGACCAUGUCAGCAAUGAUUCCGUGGUCCGCACAUCGAACGUCGAAUCCCAAAUCAGCGGCCAUGACAAGAUGGAAAAGACACCUAAAAGGGAAAGAAGGCUCAACAAACUCUUCGGCUGGUGCAGAAAAAAACCAAGGGAUACGAACUCUGUUGACUCUUCCAAAGAUAUAGUACCUCCAAAGAAUGAGCGAAGCAAUUCCCUUACUCAAAUGCUCCAGGAAG